GAAGCUAGUGGGACCAUUUCAGGUCCUGGGGUAUACGGGAAGCUUAAAUUUGAGAGUGGCAUUCAUAGAGUUCAGCGAGUUCCAGUAACUGAGAAAUCUGGACGUGUGCACACUAGUGCUGUAUCAGUCGCUGUUCUUCCUCAAGCUGAUGAGGUUGAUGUCCAACUGCGUAAUGAGGACUUGAGAAUUGAUACCUACAGAUCAGGUGGCUCCGGAGGCCAGUCUGUCAAUACGACUGAUAGUGCUGUUAGGAUAACUCAUCUUCCAACUGGAACAGUGGUUGCAAUACAAGAUGAGAGAUCACAACAUCAGAACAAGGCCAAGGCUCUCAAAGUUCUCCGGGCAAGACUAUAUGAAUUGGAAAGGCAUAGGCUCCAUGCAGACCGGUCGAAGCUCCGAUCAGAGCAGAUUGGAAGUGGUGACAGGUCCGAGCGCAUCAGAACAUACAACUUCCCGCAAGGACGUGUCACCGACCAUCGUGUCGGGGUCACGCACCACUCCAUAGUGGACGUCAUGGAGGGAGAGAGCCUGGACGUCUUCAUCGAAGCGCUGCUGCUGCAAGAAGAGAUGGACGCAAUUGCUUCGUUUGCUUCAUGAGCCCUAAUUUUUGUGGAUUUCUUCCUGGAGUGACAAACCACAUCAUAAACACACAGAACACUGAACCAACGAAGAGAGGAAACUUUAGGAUUCACACAGUGUAUUGUUCGGCUGUUCUGAGUUGACAUGUUUCUCCGAUCCUUGUUAUCUCGGGUUAUGGUCUUACGGUCAUUUGCUGUCUUGUCAUUGUUUUGUGACUGACUAUUGGUUCUGAUAUUUUUCCCCGUGUAAUUUUCUUUGGGGUUACUCCCAGAUUUUCUGCGGUUACUUCUUUAUAGCAAAAAAAUGCCCUGGAUCUUUGGCCACCUUUGAACUGAAUUGAAAUGCUAAAUUCUCUUAAGAAAA